CGUGCUCGCAACACAGGAUUGAAGAGUUACGAUUUACGACUUGUUUUAGUUAUGUUGGAGUUCAUGGAUUAUGUGCAGAAUGCAUUCUACAAUGCAUCGCAUUGGAAUUAUGAGAAUUCAUACUCGCAUUUGACUGCUACUGCAAGAGCUCUCCUGGAAUUCGAAACCCCUCGAGGACUGCGGCUGAAUCUUUCUUCACUCUCCUCUCCGAAUUUUGCUACAUCAUACGCCAUUGGAAGCGUCGGCUUGGUAGACGGUUCUCUUUCCUACCUAUACACAUCUCUUCCACUCCAUGCGACUUCGAAGAGUGGAGAAAUCGAACUACACGACGUAAUACGCGGGUACAGACAAAUACAAGAGUUACGCAAACCAGACGAGUCAUGGAUGUGGGAGCAGUGGCAAGGUGGAAAGCGAAUAGACAAACGCGACACGUUACUAUACGGCCGGCUUUACCUACCGCAAAGCACCUUGGAGGCCUUGUACAUGCGUCGAAUAAGUCCUACACAACAGUUGAAGCUUUCUGCUGUUAGCGACAGUCGCCUGCGGAAUGGAGGAACAAUCCUCGCACUACAUCAAUACGAUGUCGGGAAAUACAGUGCUGACACUCUGUAUUCGACAGAUGGUGGUCUUGUUGGGAUUCGAGGUCUUUACAAUUUUGGCCCGGAUCCAAGGAAGGAAGUCACAGAGCUUCCAAGAACGGACGAUCGUUUCUAUGGCCGAUUCAGUGCUGGAGCAGAAAUGUAUUAUGGUUCGUUGAACAAGUCAGGAGGAGUGAGCUUUGGUGGGCGAUUCGCAACGCUGCCUGCUCAUAAAGGAGUACCUCUUACGGCAACUCUUACUCUGAAUCCACUCAUGGGAAAUCUAAGCACGACUUAUGCUGUCAAGGCGGGUAAGAACUUGGCGCUGUGCUCGAAGUUCGACUUCAACGUUUACAGCUAUGAAAGCGACGUAAUGCUUGGCUGCGAGUUGUGGAAAAUGAAAGCGAAAGUACCGAAAGAGAAAGAACGAAGCAUGCUAGCCAAGCUAGAAUGGAGACUUGAUCCUGUGGAAGAAAAUCCGAUUCCCGAGCCAGAUGAAGUUGCUGGGGUCUUGAAAGCUAGGGUUGACCAGAACUGGAACAUUGGACUGGUUUGGGAAGGCAGGAUAAAAGACCUGCUCUUUACGCUCGGUUCGUCGAUCGACAUGAAGAGGAAGGAUCAGCCAUUUAGAGCCAUUGGUUUGGAACUGCAGUAUUCAUCGUAAAGCCUUAAUAGACCUGGCUCAGACGGGGCCAGUUUGGAAUCGAGGAUAGAAACGGAUUCGGCAGGAUGCUUUGAUGCCCAUUAGCAUCUUAGAUGUGUUUGAAACCACUUUAAGAUAACACUGCUAUCGUGGGAAUAUAUCAAUACUACUUGGAGGUAAGCAAGUCGCAACUUCGGCACAGCAAUCGAUCGAGCUAGCCCUAUCAAUCAAACAAGCACAGACCGGCUUCAAUAAUCUUCUCCCGGUACUGGCCAAUCACGGGAACACCUUGGUCAGAUCAAAGAUGUUUCUACGGCUCGUGGAUUUUGCGCUCAUGAGCGGCCGCAUCAUCAGCCCUCUAACUACUCGCCGAUUCUGAAUCUAAGGCAGCCUUCAAUUGCCACUCGAAGCACUCUCUUGUCCACUCGAAUUUGGGCUUCACAAGGAGUCUACUCAUGAGGUAUGGAUCUCUUUUGGAAGUAUAGUCCUUUCUCUGGAACUUCAAACAUCUCAUCUUGUGUACAUGUGUAUGAUGACUGCGCACCAGGUCCAUGCAUGCGCCUCGGACAUUUACGAACGGCACUUUUCGUGACGCUUCUCAGACCAGAGAUCAGCAAAGCCAUGAGUCCCUUGCGUACUACACAGACAAACUAUCACCAUCGCUUCACCAAGAGCUAGAAGAUAUGUCAUGAUUGCACUCAGAUUCAUACGACGGUGGCACCUGUUCUGGCUUUUCGCUUGUCCAUUCUCAGCUCACACAGAACUGUCGCUUGAAAAUAAACUCAAUAUUACCGGCUCAUCUCGCGCUGCGGUUUUCUCCUACAAACCCUGCUGCAAUCUGAUAAAGAGCAACUCGGAUGUGGUCGUGUGGGUUCAUUAGCCGUGGUGCACAUUUCUGGUUCUCAGCAACUUUAAGUUGACUUCUGCCAGGCAUGUAUCUCGAUGAUAAAUCCCACUUGACAUGGAGGUGAAGACAUGCAGGAUACAGUGAGCUGUGGUAGCAUUCACUCGGCCCGUUCUGUGCUCGUUUUGGAAUAUCUUCUGGUAGUCUCGCAAUCCUACAUUCCAUCCAAUGCUUGUCCUGUCAGGUAUUGAACGCAGGCUGCUUGCAUAGAAAGCUCUGUCAAAAGCAGUCUUAUUCCGUAUCCAGGGCAUGACCAAACUGUUCGCGUCGUCCUGUUUGCGUUCGGUACCAUGUACAUUGCCCAAUUCAGACAGCAAGUUCUCCGGGAGUUUACCAUCCUGAAGUAUGGAGGCAUGCCUAAAGGGCUACAAUUCCAGUGAAGGCGAGAUUUAAUCAUCUGUAUUCUUGUAUUACCAUGUUCUUGCAAUCGCCCUUGAUUAUGUGAUGAAACUCGACAUUGGUUUGUAUUUACAUGUCUAUCGUACUGAGCCAAGUUUGCCGGCUAUUGGUAGCGUUCGGGCAAAUUUAUGGUCAUUGAUCCGGGAGCAGAACCCUGCAGGCGAUGUGCACCGGCUCAAUGAGUCUUGAUAGACCCUAACAAGUUAAGAGGAGCGAUGAUCUUCCAAUUUUAAGUUUAAGAAUAAUCUCUUCGGACAUCCCCAAUACUGAGUCUACAAUGGUAGACCGAAUGGAUGGGACCAAUGCAAUGCGUGGGAGGCAUUUGAAGAAUUAUCGUCCGU